AGGACUAAAACAUGGAUUUUAUUUACAGUUCCAUACUACAGACUUCAAUCUGAUUACUCUAGCCAGGAUUGGUUUUCUUUUCCUGGAUUUGUGCGUCGUCAUUGGAAUGGCAUGUGCCUGAGCCGCGUCCGACUGAACCGUUCCAGUAAUGGCACUUGGAAUCAGACGAACAAAGCCCUGAAAGAGUGGUCUGCUUGUACCUCUGGACCUGCUGUGUGUAAUCCCGGCCGUGUCGCACUGUGAUCCAGCAUCCCCGACUGACCUUUGACCUGGUCCUUGGCCAUGUCUAGCCCCAGCAGCAGUCCAGAAAGAGAGGGAGGAGUCACAGGCUCAGUACAGCUGGAGAACCUCUCCUCUCCACCGGGUCAAGAAACCGACCCCCAUUCUGUAGGAAGCCCUCUACUGAGCCCAGAUUCCAGUUCCCAUGAUGCUGCUCUCUCUGCACCAGCAGUUUCGCCUGCUGACUCGGAGAAUCUCAGCCCUGAUGAGCUGGAGCUGCUGGCAAAGCUGGAAGAACAAAACAGGCUACUGGAGGCCGAUUCCAAGUCUAUGCGAUCCAUGAGCGGCUCACGAAGGAACAGCGGUUCUUCGCUGGUGUCCAGCUCUUCGGCCUCGUCCAAUCUUUCUCAUCUGGAGGAGGACACUUGGAUCCUAUGGGGACGCAUUGUUAAUGAGUGGGACGAGUGGAGACGCAAGAAAGACAAAUUGCUAAAGGAGCUGAUCAGGAAGGGCAUUCCACAUCACUUCCGGGCCAUCGUGUGGCAGCUGCUGGGGAAUGCCACAGACAUGCCAGUAAAGAACCAGUACUCAGAGCUGCUGAAGAUGUCAUCACCCUGUGAAAAGCUGAUCCGCAGAGACAUCGCCCGCACCUACCCCGAGCAUGAGUUCUUUAAGGGACAAGACAGCCUGGGCCAGGAAGUCCUGUUCAACGUCAUGAAAGCAUACUCACUAGUAGAUCGAGAAGUGGGAUAUUGUCAGGGCAGUGCCUUCAUUGUUGGGCUACUUCUUAUGCAGAUGCCGGAGGAGGAAGCAUUCUGUGUGUUUGUGAGGUUAAUGCAGGAGUACAGACUAAGAGAGCUCUUUAAACCCAGUAUGGCAGAGCUGGGCCUCUGCAUAUACCAGUUUGAAUAUUUACUGCAGGAGCAAUUGCCGGAGUUGAAUGUGCAUUUCCGCUCCCAAAGUUUUCACACCUCCAUGUACGCUUCAUCAUGGUUCCUCACACUCUUCCUCACCUUCCUGCCUUUGCCCAUUGCCACACGGAUCUUCGAUAUCUUCAUGUAUGAGGGUCUGGAGAUUAUAUUCCGCGUUGGAAUGGCUAUUCUGCAGCACAACCAGACAGACCUCAUACAGCUUGACAUGGAGGGCAUGUCACAGCACUUUCAGAAGGUGAUCCCUCACCAGUUUGAGAGCUGCCCUGAUAAACUCAUCUUCCGAGCCUAUCAGAUUAAAUACAACCCUAAGAAGAUGAAAAAGUUGGAGAAAGAGUACACCACCAUAAAAAACAAAGAGAUGGAGGAACAGAUUGAAAUUAAGAGACUACGUACAGAGAACCGGUUGUUAAAGCAGAGGAUUGAAACACUUGAAAAGGAAAGUGCCUCACUGGCAGACAGGUUGAUCCAGGGACAGGUAACAAGGGCACAGGAAGCCGAGGAGAACUACGUGAUCAAACGGGAAUUAGCAGUUGUACGGCAGCAGUGCACAACAGCCAGCGAGAGUUUGGAGAAAGCACAGGACACCAUAAGAGAACUACAGCAACACACGUACACGCAGCAAUUUGUGACCAGGCUACAGACUCAGUUGGAACAGUCUCGGUUGCAGGAGACUGAGCUACUCGGUGCUCUGAAGGAGAUGCAGGAUAAGGUGCUGGACCUGGAGAAGAGAAACAGUUCAUUACCUGAUGAGAUGAACGUAGCUCAGCUGCAGGAUGAACUGAAGCAGGUGAAGUUGAGAGAGUUGGAGACACUGAAAUCCUUCAGAGAACUUCAGGAUACAGUCACUGAACUAAACCAGCGCUGGCAGCAAUACAUGUCUCGUGGAGGUGGACACUGGAAGGAAUCUCCUAAGAAGAACGCUCUGAAUGAGCUGCAGGAUAAACUGAUGGGUAUGAGACUGAGAGAGGCUAACAGCCAGGCCGAGCUCAAAGAGGUCAAACUCAAAAACCUGCAGCUGGAUAGCCAGAAUCAGAUCUACACGAAGGCGAUGAGCCGGCAUGAGCAGGAGUCCGCCACCCAGCAGGAGAGACUGCAGAAUGCUUUAUCUCACAAUAAAACUCUGCAGAGCCAGCUGAACGAGAUGAAAAGAAAACAGACUGAGUCUGACUGCAAGAGUAAAGAGGAGGUGAUGGCGGUGCGACUGAGGGAGGCAGACAGCAUGGCCGCAAUGGCAGAACUCCGACAAAAAAUAGCAGAGCUAGAAUUACAAAAAGAGGAAGGACUAAUACAGGGUCAGCUGAAUCACUCUGAUUCCAAGCAGUACAUUAAUCAACUGAGAGAUCAGAUCACUGAGCUCAAGAACGAGAUCAGACAGUUCCGUGGUCAGCCGACCAAAUUUCAAAACCCUGAGAGCGGAGCCUAUCCGGACCUGUGCCUGGCAAGUCCAGCCUCAGCAGAGGGAGACUACCUGAGUUCAGACGACGAUCUGCUACAGAUCUCGCUGCCUGGCACGGCGAUGUUUCCGCACCAUCCUUCGGCUAAUCUGGACAGCGAGGGCAGCACAGAGAGCGAUGGAGAUGAGAGAAAUGCUUUACCAGGGCAUGGUUUAGAUGGAGGGCCCAGUUAUUGUACACCAUGCCUCGUUCAUUUCUGGUGAAGAAGCGUCGGAGGGGAGGAUCUCGAUCUUCUCUCCAUGUGGACUAUACGUGUUUGGGUAUUACACACUACACAGA